UCAACCUGGUAAAGCAUGCUUCACUGUCAAGAGUCACCGGAGAACACGAAGCGCGCACCAGGGCACCCUGAAGUGGAAUAUUGAAUUGGAAGCCAAGUGCCUUUAAAUAUUAACGAACAAUGCUAUCCAUGGCCUUCGUCAAAUCAAGGUUACGCUUGCACCACUCUCUUUUUCCACGCACUUUGAAAUUAUAUUCUUCUUCUUCAGCUUUAGCUUCAGAAGCUCAUCUUCAGCAUGACACCAACGAGACUGCCCCUGCCAAAAUCACUAAUCUAUCUCCCGAAGAAACCGAUAUAGCAGACAAGUUUCACGCUGUGAUUAAAGAUCACUACAGAAAAAACCCUAACCCUAACGCCACUCCACCCACACCCAAUCUCACCAUCUCCGAUCUCUCCAUUGAUUUUUCCAAAAUCUCCACCGUUCACGCGGUUUCCCCCUCCAUUGCUCGCCGUGUGAUCGAGAAAUGCGGUGGGGUUCGCCAUGGCAUUCCCUUCCUCCAAUCUCUGGCCUUUUUCAACUGGGCCACCGCACUCGACGGCUUCCCCUCCUCGCCGGAGCCCUACAAUGAGAUGAUUGACCUUGCCGGAAAGCUAAGACAAUUCGAUUUAGCAUGGCAUUUGAUCGAUUUGAUGAAAGCUCGUGGUGUUGAAAUAACCGUUGGCACAUUCUCUAUUCUCGUCCGGCGCUAUGUGAGAGCCGGAUUGGCUGCGGAGGCUGUGCACGCAUUCAAUAGAAUGGAGGAUUAUGGUUGCAAUCCUGAUAAGGUUGCAUUUUCAAUUGUGAUUAGUAGCUUAUGCAGGAAGAGAAGGGCAAGUGAAGCUCAAUCAUUUUUUGACAGUCUCAAGCAUAGGUUUGAGCCCGAUGUCAUAGUGUACACUAGCUUAGUUCAUGGGUGGUGCCGCGCCGGUAAUAUAUCAAAGGCGGAGGAGGUGUUCAGGGAUAUGAAGAUGGCUGGAAUCAAGCCUAAUGUUUAUACUUAUAGUAUUGUGAUUGACUCGCUGUGUAGAUGCGGACAAAUUACCCGUGCGCAUGAUGUUUUCUCGGAGAUGAUAGAUGCUGGAUGUGAUCCUAAUGCAGUUACUUUUAAUAGUAUGAUGCGGGUUCAUGUGAAGGCUGGUCGAACUGAGAAGGUCUUGCAAGUGUACAAUCAAAUGAAGAGACUCGGUUGUCCUGCUGAUACAAUUAGCUAUAAUUUCCUAAUAGAGAGUCAUUGUAGAGAUGAGAAUCUCGAAGAAGCUGUGAAAGUACUCAAUUUGAUGGUUAAGAAAGGGGUUGCCCCUAAUGCAUCCACUUUCAAUUCAAUUUUUGGAUGCAUAGCUAAGUUACAUGAUGUGAAUGGUGCUCAUCGGAUGUAUGCUAAAAUGAAGGAACUGAAGUGCCAGCCCAAUACGUUGACUUAUAAUAUAUUGAUGAGAAUGUUUGUUGAAUCAAAAUCUACUGAUAUGGUUCUGAAAAUGAAAAAGGAAAUGGAUGAGAAUGAAGUUGAACCUAAUGUGAAUACAUACCAAGUUUUGAUUUCAUUGUUUUGUGAAAUGGGGCACUGGAACAAUGCCUACAAGUUUAUGAAGGAGAUGGUUGAAGAAAAAUGCCUAAAACCAAAUCUAUCAGUUUACGAAAUGGUUCUGCAGCAGUUGAGGAAGGCUGGACAGCUAAAAAAGCAUGAAGAGUUGGUGGAUAAGAUGGUUGCCAGGGGAUUUGUGUCUCGCCCUUUGUAGAAGUAGCUUCUUCUUCCCAUCUUUAGAGCUUAAUAAGUGAACUUCUAAGCUCUUGAAGAAAAUGGCGCAAAUGUUGUUUGAAGCACUUCAUUGAGCGUGUAAUAGAUAUGUUGUGUUCUUGUUGCUGGGCAGGGUAUUCAAUUGAGCUCUUGUUCUCUGAUUGCAAGUUUGUCAAACUCUUGAGGUGUUAAAGUCAAUAUGGGACGUCCAUAACUGAGAAUCUUUGAGGUUUAAACAUUUGUUUCCUCACUCAUUAUCUCUACUGCCACUUGUAUUUAUUUUCUGAAAUCCUAAAUUUGCUCUAGAAGCCGUGGAGGUUUGACUGAAAGAAACAAGAUAGCAGUAUGUCCCUGUUGUUCAUGGAGUUGCUAACAUGUUGUGGCAUAUUCAAAAGAAACUGAGAAACUCUUCCAUGUGGGAGGAGGUAAUGCUAUCAGUAUGAUGUGAACCAGGCCCCAACCCCUGCCCAAAUUUAGUGCUGCUCAUGUUUUUACCGGAUUGAUAAACUCAUUUCUAAUUUUGUGAUAGCAAACUGCAAAAGCGCCUUGAAGCUAAGCAAGCUGCGAUGUUAGCUGCUUGUGAGACUCCACUUGGCUGUUUAUCCGGUUCACAUUAUCUUCUAGGCUGGCCAAGAAAAUGUUUCUUGAUUGUAAUAUGUUGGAUUAGGUUGGACGACAGCUAAGUUCGAUGUUUUCCUGGGAUUCUGCAAGCUUUUUGCCUUUUUUUUUCAGUUCAUAUUUAAUUUUUAUUCCAUUGGAUAUAUGAGGGGACCAGCUAUUCAUAAGAUGCGGGAUGUGUCAUGCCCAUAAAUA